AAUGAAAUUAAUUGCUAUAUUAUUCAUCACCUUUGUAAUUACAUCAUGCAUAUACACACCUGCUGAACGUCAAUUUAAUCAAGAGGCAUUAACAGGAGCUUAUAAUUAUAAUAAUUUGCCUGAACCAUAAAAUGUUUCUAAUUGUGGAGAUGAUGAAAUUUAGAUUGAUCUUUUUAAUUUUGUUGGUUAUAUGCUUUAAAAAGCUGAUAAAGCAAGUUUAUCUUAAUUAUUAGGAUUAAAAAAAGAAGUUGAUGACUAUUUUAAUGUAUUUGAAAUUAAAAAUUAUUAAGGCACUCCCAGAAGAAUAUACAAAUUGCUUAUAUGCUGAGCCUGAAUUUGUGGAGAUGUGUACUUUAUAUGGAUUGAAAGAGACAGAUAAGAUGGAAUAAAUUACAGAUAAAAUCUAUUAAUAUGCAAUUGGACAUUUCAUUUCUACUAAGAAAGAGAUUCAUUAGGGAAAUAUAUUAUGGAAUACAGAACAUAAAUAUGAGGAUGCAGGAUAUUUAGUUGCUAAUUUUGCCAAAAAAGCCUUAGUAACAGGAAUAGAAUAUGUUGAACAAUGAUUUGU